UUCUACUCGAGCUGCGGUGCGGGAGUAUUACACUACCUUAGGUCGCACCGCAUCGCACCUUUGGCAAAACUCCCAAACCCGAACGGUCGAUGAGCCAAAACCUCAAACCCCCAUAAAACUAAACCCUCUCCUCCCAAAAAGCGCGAAAAAAAUUUCAAUCAAAAUUAUCAAAGAGGAGAAAAACGUCGCCAUUUCUUGUUUCUUCUUCGGCUAGGGUUUUAGUGGAUCACCAUCAAUGGCGACCACCACUAAAUCCGUCGAUCCUUCCCUUUGGUGGGAACCGUUUUCUUCUCUUCUCACUGACCUCGAGAACGCCUCUCCCUCCGACGACCUCCCUAAACCUCUGGCGAAGAAGUUGAAAGAAAAUCACGAUUGGUUCGUGGAGACGGUGACUAGGUUUAAACCGCCGAAUGAGAAGUCGAAGGAAGCUUUGAAUUCGCAGCAAAUCAAAAUUGGUCCGCAUGAGCUGACUGUAAAGCCUGAUUUCAGAGACAAGGCUUUGCAAGUCAGCUCGUAUUUGUGUUUGGAUGAGGUGCAGUCCUACAUUCUUGUUGAUAGGUAUCUUGAGCAAGGAAAUGCUGCUGAGAAUUAUAUAGUUCACGAUUCUAUUCAUGUGGUAUUGCUACAGUAUUACAUUGAGCGUCAGUGCUUGUUCAAAUGCACCCGGCAGAUUCUCAUGCAUGCUUUAUUUUUGGGAAAUAUCUUGAAAGAAGGGAGUUUUAUUAGGGAGGAAGCACUAAAGCUGAUUUCUGAUGGACUGGAAAAAAAAUUAAUAUCUGUCCUGGAAGCCCUCAUGUCCUGCAGUCAUCCAGAGCAGAUGGAUGUUGAUCUUUUCACCUUAUGGGCUGAGGAGACAUUACUUGAAGACAACUUGGUUUUGGACAUUAUUUUUCUCAUUUAUUAUGAGUCACUUUGUACUUGUAGUGCUAAAAAAUGGAAAAAGUUAUGCUUGAUCUAUAAGGGAAUCUUAUCAGGGUCUUAUAAUUUUGGAAAGCUAGCAAUAUCACCUGAAGCACUGUAUUCAUUUUAUCAUGCCAAAGUUCUGCUGCUACUUGUCCUCAUAGAAACUCUGAACCUGGAAAAUCUUCUUCAAAUGGUUCAUGAUGAAAUUCCUUUCAGGCAGGGUGCUUCUGUUUUUAUGUUGAAUGAUGUCCAAGAGAUUGAUGCUCUCAUAUCAAGCUUUGAUAUCUUUGAAAUGAGAGAAGCUGGUCCAUUAGUUCUUGCAUGGGCAGUAUUUCUUUGUCUGAUUUCAUCUCUUCCUCAAAAGGAGGAAACUAAUGUACUGAUGGAGAUUGAUCAUGUUGGGUAUGUUCGCCAAGCUUUUGAAGCUUCAUCUUUGGGUUAUUUCCUUGAAAUUCUUCAAAGUGACAUAUUGAAGGAAUCAGAUGGACCUGUUGCUGGUUAUCGAAGUGUCUUGAGAACUUUUAUUUCUGCAUUCAUUGCAUCUUAUGAAAUUAAUCUUCAGUUGGAGGAUGGUACCCUUAAUUUGAUAUUGGAUAUUCUUUGCUAUGUUUAUCGAGGAGAGGAGUCACUUUGUAUUCAAUUUUGGGAUAGAGCAAGUUUUAUAGAUGGUCCUAUUCGGUGUCUUCUUUGUAACUUGGAGGGCGAAUUUCCCUUUAGGACUGUGGAACUUCUACGCCUUUUAUCAUCUCUAUGUGAAGGAAGCUGGCCUGCAGAAUGUGUGUAUAACUUUUUAGAUAAAUCCACUGGCAUAUCGUCCUUGUUUGACAUUACUAGUGAAUCCUUGUUGGAUCGUACAUCUCAAAUUGUUGAAACUCAGCAUCCAGUGUGUAUUCCUGGGGUUGAUGGUCUGCACAUUCCUAGUAGAACUCGUGGGCACAUUCUGAAAGUUGUUGGUGGGAACACUGCUCUUGUGCGCUGGGAGCAUAAAAAAUCAGCUGUGUUUGUGCUGCUCCUUCGUUUGGCCCAGACACCACACUUAGAAAACAAUGAAGAAGCAUUUCUUACCCUUGACCUACUUGGCCGAAUGGUGUCCUUCAACAUGGCUGUAUGUUUUUCUAUGAUGGAUAGUUGCAACUUCUUGCAUGUCCAAGCAACUGGCAUGAAUGGGCAGAUAGAAAAUAAUCUGUGGGUUGUUGAGAUCAUUAGCAUUAUAGUCAGAAAUUUGUCUCCUAGUCCCAGUGGUGCUGCACUGAUGUCCAUGGCUUUUGUAAUCAUGGCAAAGAUGCUGAAAUGUUCCCCUUCUCAAGUUGCUGCAAUAGCCUUGAAAUCAAAUAUAUUUGAUGUGGCUUCAAAUUCUAGCGUCUUCAACGUAGGUUGGAAUGGUCUAUCAAGUGGGUCAUGGUUGCUAUCUGGAAAGUUGGCAAAGAUGCUUUUAAUUGAUAGUGAGCAGAGUGAUUAUGACUGCCUAUUAACAAUAUCAGUGCUGGAUUUCACCAUGCAGCUUGUAAGGACUGGAGUAGAGGAUGAUAUUGUUGUGUCAUUAAUUGUUUUCUCCCUCCAGUAUAUUCUAGUCAAUCAUGAGUACUGGAAAUACAAGGUGAAGAAUACUCGUUGGAAAGUAACAUUGAAGGUGCUUGAAGUGAUGAAAACAUGCAUUUUAGCAACAUCUUCCUCUGAAAAAUUGGGUGGUGUAAUCUGGGAUUUGCUGCUCUAUGAUUCUUCGAUCCACAACACUCUCUUUCGUAUAAUGUGUACAACUUCUGAAGCCUUGGAGAGGCUUUAUCUCAACCGUCUUAUCGAACUGGUGGAGAUUGAGGGAUUACAACUCGCUAUAAGUUCUGCUUUGGAUAUUUCAUAUAUCAUGCUUACCAAAUUUUCAAAGGAUAUGUCAUCAAGCAUUCCAGCUUUUCACCAAGCUAUGCUCUCUUCAAUGACCAAGCCAAUUCCUGUUGUUGCUGCUGUCAUAUCAUUGAUAUCUUUUUUUAAUGAUCCGGCAAUACAGGUUGGUGCUGCUAAACUACUAUCAGUUUUGUUGCGGAUGGCAGAACCAUAUCCUUUUGUGAAUUCAUGCUUUGGUCCAGAUGAUAAGCUGAUGACAGAUUUAAGGCAUUCUAUUAAUAGCAUUUUACUUGAACAUGGGGUACUGAAUGAAGAUCUUUUUAUUGCUGUACUGAAUUUGCUUACUUCUGCAGCUUGUUACCAGCCUGCCUUUUUUGUUGCUAUUUUUGACACAAAAGAGGAUACAGAUGUUCAACUGGCUACUGCUGGUGGUUUGAAACAGUCAACAAAUGAAGCUUUGUCUGAUUCACUGGGCUCCAAAAUAUCUAGUGUUGUAGAUGCCCUUCUUCAAUAUGUUGUAAGAUCCGACGAUGCUGUCAAUAGCAAUCCCUGCAUACCGCUGAACAUACUUAACUUGCUGAAGUCAUUGUGGCAUGGGGCUGGUCUGUAUACAAUGAUUUUGGAGAGGCUGAAAAGCUCUGACAAGUUCUGGAAACAAUUGUCAAACUCUAUCUCUCGAACUGCUGGCUCAGAAGUUCCUUUAAGUAUGAAAGAAUCAGAGGCUUUACACCUGGGAUACAGAUAUCAAUGUCAAUCAGCUAUAUUGGAAACAAUGGCAUAUGAUAUGUUUUUGAUGAAAAAGUUGUUAUAUGCUGAAUCACUCAUUAAAGAACCACCUGAAUCAAAUAAGAAAAUAGAAGCUGAUAAUUAUGCUCUGAAGGAUAUUAUUUCAAAUUGGUGCAAGAGCUCUGUUCUUGGACGCAUGAUCAAAUCAUAUACAUCUUGUAAAUAUGACAAUGAUACAUAUUUUCGUGCAAAGGUCGCAUUAAGUUUACUCACUGUGCACAUAAUGGGGAAAUUAGCAGCUGGUGAUGCUGGAAGUUUGUCUGUAUCUUUGGUCGAGAAGAUUCGGCUUCUGUUUAAAAAGUUGACCAUUCAGCCUGCUUUUUCUGAAUUGCUGGCGCAAUACUCACAGCGUGGUUACAGUGAAGGGAAGGAAUUGAAAGCUUUAAUAAUCAGCGAUCUUUAUUAUCAUCUGCAUGGAGAGCUUGAAGGCCGUAAAAUGAGUCCUGGACCCUUUAAAGAACUCUUCCAGUUUCUGAUUGAAUCAAAAGUGGUGAAGAUUUAUGAGAAUAAGUGCAGGGUUGACCCUUUUUCUACUGCUGAUGAUGUCUAUGUGUUUGAUCUUCAACGCAUAGAAGCAGAUUUGGGGUUAGAUAUGUGGGAUUAUUCUGAAUGGAAAACAUCUAAAACAAUUGCAGACACAAUGCUGUGCUACAUGCAGGGAGCAAACUCAAUGGUGUUGAUUGGAAAUUCCAAGCUUUCUUCACUGAAAGCAUUAAUUACUGUCUUAACUGUGUACGAUGACAGUUCGCUGGAAAAAAUGGUGAGGGUUGGAGGGAAGAUUCCCAAUCAACUAAUUUUGCCAUGCAUUGAUCACAUAUGCCAAAGUUUCCAUGACACUUUAGAAUUUUUAACUCCAGUCCCUGAUGUCUCUCAAGGUGUCUUUGAUUUCCUCACUGCACAAGCAGACUUACUUCUUCAUCUCAUGAGAUCUGUGCAGAAUAGCCUGUCAUCAUCUGCUUGUGUUCUUGUCUUAAAAACUUCUGGUACUGGUCUUAAAGUGCUAAGUGACCUCAGAACAAUGGUUAGUGGGGUGAAUAAAACAAUGAAGCUUUUGCUAAUGUUGAUUCUGUCAGCAGUGGAGUUUUACCGGCUUGAUUCCAGCAUAACUGGUGUGAAAGAUAAAGAGUCUGCUGAAGGGUUUGCUGAGAUUUCAAACGUCAGCCUUGGACUGUUACCCAUCUUGUGCAACUGUAUUACUAUUUCUGAGUGUUUUUCCCUCUCCCUGACUGCUUUGGACUUGGCACUAAAAUGUUUUUUGACACCUGAUACGUGGUUUCCCAUCAUACAUAAACAUCUCCAAUUACAACAUGUUGUUCUGAAACUUCAAGAUAAGAAUUCUUUUGGAUCUAUUCCUAUUUUAUUGAAGUUCUUCUUGGCCAUUGCACAUGUAAGAGGAGGUGCUGAAAUGCUUCUUAAUGCUGGUUUUUUCUCAUCUCUUAAAGUUUUAUAUGCUGACAUGUCAGAUGGUCGAGUUUCUUCAGUUAUUAAUUCUGGCAAAAGCCUCUCCAUCUUAUCGGACAAGACUGAGAAGCCUCAGCACAUCUGGGGACUUGGCUUAGCUGUGGUCACAGCUAUUGUUCAUUCUUUAGGAGCCAGUUCUUCAUGUAUUGACAUUGCGGAAAAUGUGAUACCAUACUUCUUUUCAGAGAAAGCCCAUCUAAUUUCUUAUUUUCUCAGUGCACCAGAAUUUCCAUCUGAUGAUCAUGACAAGAAAAGGCCACGUGCACAAAGGACUUGGACUUCUCUUUCUUCUUUGAAGGAGACUGAGCAAACUCUCAUGCUAAUGUGUGUCCUGGCAAGACAUUGGAAAUCAUGGGUUAAGGCUAUGAAAAAUAUGGAUUCACAAUUAAGGGAGAUGAGUAUUCAUUUGUUGGCCUUCAUUAGCCGUGGAAAUCAACGCCUUGGAGAGGCUUCAAGCCGGACCGCUCCCCUCUUAUGCCCUCCUAUCCUCAAGGAUGAGUUUGAUUGCUGCAAAAAACCUUCAUUUGUCAACAGCAGAAAUGGAUGGUUUGCUCUUUCACCCCUUGGCUGCGUCUCAAAGCCCAAGUUCUCUGGCAUAUUAACUACAACUGCUAUUGUGAUCAAAGAUCAAGGAACUGAAAGCAACAACCAUGUUCCACAAACAUACUUUUCAGACUUAGUUGCCAUUGAGAUGUACAGAAUUACAUUUCUUUUAUUGAAAUUUCUCUGUUUACAAGCUGAGGGUGCUGCUAAAAGGGCAGAGGAGUUGGGAUAUGUUGACCUCGCUCAUUUUCCUGAACUUCCAAUGCCUGAGAUUUUACAUGGGAUACAGGACCAAGCAAUUGCUAUUGUCACGGAAUUAUGCGAGACUAAUAAACUGAAGCAGAUUCAUUAUGAGUUACAGCGUGUCUGUCUGCUACUGCUUCAAAUAAUGGAGAUGGCCUUGUACUUGGAGCUUUGUGUCUUACAAAUUUGUGGAAUUAGACCUGUUCUAGGUCGCGUGGAGGACUUGUCGAAGGAGCUCAAAUUUUUGAUUAAAGCUACGGAGGGGCAUGCUUUUCUCAAAGGAUCAAUGAAGUCCCUCAAUCAGAUAAUAUCACUUGUCUAUCCUGGUUUGCCAUAAACGAAGAAAUUACAGGUGAUUCGUUUGAAGACGUAACAGAUCUUUUGUAGACUUAGAAUGAAGAGUCUGAGAACUGUGUAGAUAUUUCCAAUACUGCCGUGACGGUACGUCUUUGUAUGCGUAGUAGAAUGUGUAUAUCUAUUUUGUACAGAUAAUCUCUUCCGAUACACUGAUGUCGUUUUUUCUGGCCUUUCUUUUUGCGAUUCCAAGGACUUUUUUUUCUUUUCUAUGACGAGAAAGAUACUCCCACUAAUGGGAGGGACUUGCACAAAUCCCGUGGUCAUCCUCAAGUAACCGGAUUUUUUCAUUUUUCUUUUUCCUAGUUGAGCCAGAUUAUUGGAAUGGACCCUACCUCUGCCUGUAAAGAUCAUUGGAGGGUUUUGUAAAACGUGCGAUAUGAGAUGGUUAUCCAAACACGAACAAAUCACCCCAAACCUUCAUCAUCGGUAAGCAGAUUCUUGUCGUGAAUUUGAUUCGGUUUUC